GGUCGCAUCUAGAAAAGCGCGCCCAGAUAGCGCGCCUAAAACGCAAUGAUUCAUGGGUUUUGUAGUUGUACAUAAUUAUAGUCUUUACACUCAAUCUUGUACUUUUUAAUUUUUUCUUUUUUUUUAAAUAUUUUUUCUUCAAUUGAAACUGUAAUCCUGCCAUUUGGCCGAUUUAGUUAAUGGUUAUAUUUAGUUAAUGGUUAGAACGCUUCAACCCAAAUUAAAAAAAUAUAUUGAUACUUCCGGAUCCCGCGCCGGAAGAGCAGGCAGUGGCACUGAUGCAGCAGAUGCACUCGAGGCUCCGCUUCAGUAACGGUUGGACUUAAAGCGAGCGAAGUUUGGUUGAAGAACAAAAGACCUGAGUAAAGCCACGGUAUGGAAAAAACUUGGAUGUACAAUGAUAGGGGUAAUUCACGAAGAAGGGCAUUAAGGCUAGUCGGUAAACUAAUGGAAAAUGAGCACCAUAGGGAAGGAGCCAUGAAUGAUGAGACAACUGGUUAUGUUGAUGAUGCAGAGGAAUCUGACAUGCAAAUUAGUGAUGAAAGUGAUGAGGAUCUAGUUGAUGGCAUUGAUGAUGAGGAAGUACAUGAAAAGACUGCAGCUUCUGUUAAAGAUCUUCCUGAUCUUGGAGAACAGUGUAGUGAGAUGGAUGGUGAUUUGCAGAGUUCUCUGGCAGACUGGGCAAUUGAAUUUGGAAUAUCUCUUAUAGCUCUGUCAGCGCUUCUCAGUAUCCUCAAAAUCUAUCAUCCCUCUCUACCAAAGGAUGGACGAACGUUGCUGAAAACAAAUUUAAGCUUUAAAAUUAGCAGUGUAGCUGGUGGAAUGUUCCAUUAUUGUGGAAUUCUGAAUUCUAUUAGGACAAUUCUAGAUGCAAUUUGGUCUAAUGUGCCAGACAGACAUGUUUUUAAACUACAGUUGAAUUUUGAUGGUCUGCCCCUCUUCAAGAGUACUUCUACACAGUUUUGGCCAAUUCUUGGUUUGUUGCAAGGAUACACCAAGAAACCAAUUUUGAUUGGAUUGUUUUGUGGUACUUCUAAGCCAAAUUCAUUGAAUGAAUAUCUUCAUGAUCUGGUUCAAGAGCUGAAAUUGUUGAAAGAUGGGUUUCUAUUCAAGCAGAAAACCUUCUUUUUGAAUGUUGGUUCUGUUGUGUGUGACACCCCAGCCCGAGCCUUCAUCAGAGGUGUAAAGUCCCACACUGCAUAUUAUGGAUGUGACAAGUGUCACCAAUUAGGUGUCCGAAAAUCAAAUAGAAUGACAUUUCCUGAGGUCAAUGCAAGGCGCAGAACUGAUGAUAGUUUUAGGCAAGAAACAGAUGAAGAACACCAUGUCCAACACUCACCUUUUACAGAGGUUGGCAUUGACAUGAUCACUUGUUUUCCAUACGAUUAUAUGCAUCUUGUUUGUCUGGGUGUAAUGAGGCGUCUCUUAGACUUGUGGAUCAGCACCACUGGUCCCAUGCACUGUCGCAUUUCAUCUAGUCAAGCUUCCAUGGUUUCAGACAGACUUCUUGCACUGAGAAAUUACAUACCAACCGAGUUUGCUCGAAGGCCACGGGCUCUGAUUGAACGAUGUAGGUGGAAAGCCACCGAACUACGCCAAUUCUUGCUGUACACUGGUCCAGUUGUGCUGAGAGGUGUUCUACAGCCUCAGAUCUAUGACAACUUCAUGCUGUUGUCAGUAGGUGUGUACAUUUUGGCAAGUCCAAAAUAUUGUUUGGAGUUGAAUGACUUGGCUAAAACUCUGUUGGUGUCAUUCGUUGAACACUUUGGCCAGCUUUACGGUGAGGAGUUUUUGGUUUAUAAUGUUCAUGGUCUGGUGCAUCUCAGUGAAGAUGUCAAAGUCCACGGCAAUUUAGACCUUAUAUCAGCAUUUCCCUUUGAGAGCUUCUUAGGAAAACUAAAAAAAUUGGUUCGAGGGCCACUUAAUCCUUUGACUCAGGUAAUGCGCAGAUUAUCAGAGAUGGAAAAUGGCAGCUACAGUCCUGAUGUUAAAGAGGCAACUCAAAAACUGGAAAAUGAGCACAUGGAUGGGCCAGUACCAGAAUGCUUCUCACGACAAGUUCGUCAAUAUAAAGGGCUUGUUUCAGAUGAUGUAGUUGUGAAGGUCAAAGAGAGAGAUUGUUGCAUCAAAAUUGAAAACAAGUUGGUGUUGGUCCAGAACAUUGUUGAGGAUAAAGGAGUAGUGUACAUUGUGGCCAAUGAAUACAAACAGGUGGAACACUUCUUUAAAUAUCCUAUUGACUCAAGAGAGCUGGGAAUUUAUGUUGUUUCUAACCUCUCUACUAACAUCAAAAGUUUCAUGAUUCGAAAUAAGCCCCAGAAGUUUGUGAGAUUACCAUUCCAAAACCGAUUUGUUGUUGUUCCACUAUUGCAUUGAGACAAAUAGCCCUUUUAGUUUAGUAUUUCAGUUAGCUAAAGAGUAUGUUUUGAUUUGUUUUAUCUUUAGAUGUUUCACAUAGUUGUUUUUGACAACACCAAUGAGGUAGAAGUUGUGCCUUCCAGCUGGA